AUGAAUCCAAAACAAAUUAUUAGAGCGUUGAUUAGAAAAAGAACAAAGGUUGAAAAACUUGCAGAAAGAAUAGGGGUUGCGCCAUUAGCUCUUCCAGUUUUUUUACGAGAUGAAAAUACCGCUAAAUUGAUUCUCAAAGCAGAGAAACAUAUGAAUGUUGAUGACCCCGCUAUCCUAAUCCAAUGGAACGCUAAUGGAUUCAAUGAUACCGCGGUGAAAAACUGCCGCAAUGGUGUUCCUGGACAGACACAAGCCGCUAUUGUAAAUUAUAUUGUAGGAAACGGUGGCGUAAACUUCAAUGGGUUAAACACACUAUUUUUAUUCAGAAAUAAUUUGGCCAUCACCAAUUGUCAAUAUCAGUUUCCUUCAUGGACCCAUCAUCAAGCGGGAGUUGCGGAUGUGUGUCUCUCAGUUUGCCGAAUAAAUAAGCCAUCAGAUGCCGGACGAAUAGAUUAUGAACUCUUUGAUUAUCCUCUUAUGGUCAGUGAGGGAUUUGAAGUCCAAGUUCUUGGAAUGGAUUUUAUAUUUAUGAAGAACGAUAAUGACCUUGUUGUCUUUGAAGGAGAAGAGAAGACAAUUGACGGGGAAGUGAUGAUGUUAAUCCCUAAUGAUGAUACUACUCAUAUCGAUUACAAUGGUACGAAAAUUUAUUUUGACAGAAUAUUUUCUUCAGAAAUACAAACUAGUAUUGCUUCAAGCGACAUACGUCGCUCACAUUAUUUUAUGUACGAGAACUGCUAUAGAUUGAUAGCAUAACUUAUGAAAAAUGAAAUUUCUAUAAUGAAUAGUAACGAGAUAACAUUGAUUAAAUUCAUGACCUACCCGAAUUUACAAAAAGAUUAAAUUCUAUGAUGUAUUGGCUCCGUUUCCUGAAUCAGAAAAAACGGUUCUCAACAUUAUAAAUGAGCGCAUGAAUAAACCAAAUGUCAAAUGAAUGUUACAAUUGUAACGAGUUAAUAGAGUUAAUAGAUCAUGGACAUGAUCAUGAGAAUUUACAUAUGCAUAGUCUUAUUUGUAGAAUUUAAGAGCUAUAACAACGUCAUUCAAAAAAUUCAAAAGUAUAUUAUUCCAUGGCUCUAUAGGCCGAACGGUUUGUUAAUAAGGAAAUUUGAACAGCACUACU